AGUCGUGGAAGUGGAACGGAUUUUGCAACAAUGGUUUCAUUAUACAUAUAUUUCUUGCCAACGUUAACACAAGUUGAAAUCGAUAGUGACAACCUUGGAAGACAAUUCCGUGCUGGAUUGAUAUCUUCUACAGAAGCCGACGUUCAAAAGUUGACAUUGAGGAAUAGAUAUGUUCUGGCGAAGAAUAAUCAGCCAACUCCAGCUGCAAAUGUUGGUGAGUUCAUGGAGAAAAUAUCAUAGUUACAAUAGUCACUCUCGAAAGAAUGCUGGAUUGAAUGCUAGGAGAUUGAUUGCACAGUAAAUUCUCUUUUCAGCCCGUAAAACCAUUCAAAAACUUUAAUUUGUAAGUUUGAUUUCCAAUUUUCUUCGAAAUUGAACCAAAAUUAAAUCCAUUAGUUCCACGAAUUUCGUAUCAAACUGAUUGAUUAUUAUGCAAUACUCUUUGCUAUAAUGACCUUCUUCUUCCAAAUUUUGUAGAGUGUUUUGUACUAUUGAUCAAAAUAGGACCCAGAGCCAUCGUUGGCUCUGUUGGAUAUGCAUCUUGUAUGAGAAAUCUUAAACGAUAUAUGUUCUGUCAUGUUCACUGUAAUGUACUAUAUUUUGUAGCUGACGUGAAUGAGUGUUCAUCUUCAACUCGCUGUGGUCCUGGUCAACGUUGUGUUAACUACGAUGGAACAUAUCGCUGUUACUGUAACAGUGCUGCACAAAUGAUUUCUGAGUCUGGUCAAUGUAUAAGUAAGAACACGAUUUUUUUUAAUAAUCAUGAGGCACAAGUAUAGUCUCGAUUUUGGAGUAAAUGGUUAUUGAAUUCCCUGGAAAGCUGUCCCGAUUGAGAUUAAGCUAUAUAUCCCCCGAGAAGUUGGAUAAUUAAAACAAUGCAAAGACUUACGCAGGUCUCUCUUAAGCAGACACCUUUUUAAGCGGUCACAAACCUCAUAUGCCAAUGUUAAUAAAACACUAUUGUUAUAACAACUAUUUAACAGACAUCUUCUUUACGGGGACACAUCUCUAGGAUACCAAAUGUGCGCGGGAUUCGACUAUAUUUUAUAAACCCACUGCUAUAGUUUCGGUCUUAUUUACGAAUUAAUAAUUAUAUACUGCAAAACCGUUUGCUAGUGAUGAAUACGUUGCGUUAUUUGUUUUUCUUGCUGGUUUUCAAUAUUUGAAACGUGCGUCAAACUCACCAAACUUUAUCUUAGUUUCGUAGCUAUUUUUAACGUCUGACGUUUUCUUUCGUCAAAUUGACAUUUAAUUGAAGCCAAGUGUACCAUAUUAAUAAUAAUAAUUUAAUUAAUAUUUAAAUAUAGCGCUUAAUCUAUCAAGGAAUAUUCUAAAGCGCUGUACAAUGAUAAAUUUACAAUAAUAACUAAAACUAUACUCUAAAAAGCUGAGUAUUAACAAUUUAUAGUUAUCCUAAAAAUUUAAAACAGUAUAUAUAUACACUAAUAAUUCUUAAAAAUUAGUCUACUUAUAUGCCUUCCUAAAUAGAAGUGUCUUUAAAUGAGUUUUGAAACAGUUAACAGUUUCACACCGCCUAAUGUUUAGUGGAAGAGAGUUCCAAAUUAGAGGAGCAGCAUGCUUAAAUGAUCUAUCUCCAAGUGUUUUUGCAUUUUUGGGGGGAAUAAUCUGCAGCAAAGAACAAUCAUCUGACCUGAAAUGGUGAUUCAGGCUUCAGGUUUACAUGACAAUAGAUCACCAAUGUACUGAGGUGUCAUUGCAUUGAUAUAUUACUACUAUUUUUUAGAUGUUAUAACAUUUCAAGGAAUUUUAAUUAUCACCAAUCUCGGCACUUUUGAUUCAGACCUUCUUAUAAUCAACAGUAUUCAUUGGCUACAGCUUGCAUUAUCACUCGAAAGUGCGGUAAGUCUUGUAAUUGUACAUGGAGGUGGGCAAUCUUGGGUCGUGGGUACUUACCAAACCUGAUAUUUUGAAAAAAAAAUCAAUAAAUUUGGAUUGGCAAAGAAACCCUUACACGACAUACGAGCAACAGAAAUAUGCGCACGUCCAAAGGUUGUUUGUGCCAGAGUGUUUCCGUUAUUCGAGAUAUUGAAUUCCGGAUAUCAAAUUUUCGAUAUCCCGUUAGUGAUGCCCGUGCUUUUUCUUUGCCAUACGUUAUUAUUUUAAGAAAUAGAAAAUAAGUCGCGUACGCUUAUGGUUUGAUAAUGCACGCAGUUAAUGUAGGAAGAGUGUAAGACACGGGGCAUAAUCGAGUGUUUUACACGCUUCUCGAGUAUUCUUUCAAUAUUCACCGAGUGCAUUAUCAGACCAUCAACGCAUGAGAUAUUACAGUAUAAUAUAAAUAGGAAUAUAUUACAUAGUAAACAAUUUUACUCAAAAGAACAACUUUGAAUUUCUUCUAACAUGUACUCAGUGGCGUUUACAUGCAUGCUUUUACGGUCACGGACUACGAACCACAGUGCAUUAUUGCGUCACGAUACAUGCAUGCGCAUUAGCCAAUCAAAUUGUCUGUUGUAUCCAACUUAUAUUAUAAUGUGGCGUAAUAAUAUUGUACUUCAAAUAUUUCCAUCCAAAUCUGCGAGAUUUAUAUCUAUUUUCCAGUCUUAAAUUAAUUUAUUUUUUAUUAAUUAAUUAAUUAUAUUUAUAAAGUUGGGAGGGAUCAAUUGAAGCUGCUUUGGUAAACAGAGACCUCGAAUUUGCGAUGAAGAAUGAGCACUUUAUUUUGACUUGUCGUAGCUGGAAGGGAUGUGUUUUCUGCUUUGCCAGCUGGUUGUGGGAAUCACUGGUUUAGUCAGACGUAUACAUACCCUUUCUCAUGGUGCUGGAACCUCGGCCGGUUUUCGAAAGACGACAUUUUUCAUUAGACUAACAUCACUAAAAAUUCAGCAACUUACAGUAUAGCAACAUCAUCAAUACAUAUUUAAACUGCCUUUUCUACCAACUUGUAAGCACUGACUUGGUAACAUUUGGUAUUUUGAUAAAGUACGAAAUAACGUUUAAUUAUAAGAUUUGUUUACAACAUUUCGACUAAUAUUUAGUCAUCAUUAAGAAAACUAUAGUAAGAAAGAAUGGUUUACUGGACUACUCAUCUUAUACAAAUGAGUACAAUUUGUUGUCUUUCUUGUCUUGGAUUUAACAUACCAUUGUUGAACCCAUCUUUAUUGGCGUUGCCGUCUAUCUGCAAAAUCAAGCUACUGCUAAGUUUUAAAGUCAUUUAGAGCAAAAAAGUUCAGGUCUCGUAGAUUUUGACGAUCUCCUACUUUUACUUGGAUUGUAGAUUAACGCGGCUUAUGAAAGAAGCAACCUUGCCAGUAAUUACAGACGCUCUCAAGUUACAGGUUUUAGGUAAGUUCAUACGUUAUUAUUUAAAUGUAAUAAUUCUUUUACUGGCCUUUGGGAUCUUUUAUUGAAAUAAAAUUAGCCUUUCAAGUUACAAACGUCGGUUGAAUAUUAUAGACCAUCAUCAGUGCAUAAUACCUGGUGCAACUAACAGUUCUUGAAAACUAUUUCCCCUUCACUUGUGGACCGUUGAAUGGUAAUUUGCGUAUGCUCCACCAUAUAUUCAAUACUUAUAAAGAGGCCAUGCUCAAGCUUUAUAAGCCUCACAGAAUAGCAGCUUUUCCUGAAGAAAAUCUUCAAAUGCACUUUAUGUCAAGUAAUACGCUUACCUAAUAAUUACUUAGCCUAAACUAUUUUAUCUUUACAACAAUUGUGAUAUUACUUUCUUAACUGUGUUUAUCCUAACCCACCCUGUCAACUUUCCCCUUGGGAGGAAACCGGAACAACCGAAGAAAACCCACGACUUUCGGUAGAGCGUUGACAGACUCUUCUCCGUAUCGAGAGUCGAACCCACGAACUCAGAGGUGAAAGGCGCAUGCUUUGACGACUACGCCACCGAAGUCCCAUGUACAAUAUCAUUAUUUACUUCUAGGGAAGGAUCAGUGAUUGCAACAUACGUAGCUACAUUUGAUCCAGCAAGUAAUGAAACGAUUUCAAAUGUCCAAGCGGCCAUACAACCUCAACUUGGCGAGAACGUUAAUGGAACUUUCCUUGGGCAAUUUCGACUAUCCGGAACCAGGCAGACUGCAGUAACCUAUCAAG